AUGCCUGUUGUUGUUCCUCCGAAAGUAACGACACGUAAUUCGCUGAAACUGUCUUUUCAAGUUACUGGUAAUUCUAAAGUUGAAGGUGCACCAGCUAAGCUGCCAAUACCGUACACUGGUAGAAAAAAAAUCAAUUAUGAAUCAUUUCCAUUUGAUGUUCCUUUCUGGGAAGAUUAUAACCCAAUUGUAAGUGACUUCGAAGAUUGGUUACAGAUUGGUUUGUACAUAAAACCAAAAAAAUCCGAGUCUGGUACUCUGUUUUACUAUAAAAAAUCUUCAAGAAUAUUGAGGCAAGAAUUUGAUUUCAAUGUUACGACAAUUGAUCAAAAAGAUUGGUUCUUGAAGCUUGCCAUGUGUCAUACUUUCUUCGAAUCCACGCAUAUUGACGUUCUAUUCUAUUACCUGCGAAAGAUGGAUUUCCAUUCAAGGAGCUCGGUGGUAGAGAGUGUGACUACUUCUGAUUCAUUUUUUCAUCAAAGGAUGAUCAAUGCAUAUGAUAAGUUUUUAUCAUCAACUGAUUCUCGAUAUAUCAUUCACCCAGACAAUGAUAUUAUUGAUUACAUGUCGGGUUUCAACAUUAUAUGUGGGAUGCACUGGACUGUUGUUGAUCAUGUUUUGAUGCCCAUACACACUCAAAUUGAUGGAGUAGAACAUUGGAUUUUAGGGAGAUUUUCGAUUAAUGAAAGAAUUUUAUAUAUUUAUAAUAGCCUGAGGUCUCAUGAGAUUGAUGCUCAAAUGCUUAAGGCUGUUGAAAGUUAUUCAGUCAUGCUUCCACAAUUUCUAUCUUUGAUUGGGCUUGAAGCACAAAAAAAGGAUUUGUUCAUUGGUGAUGGUGCUUAUGUGGGGAAAAAUUGGUCAAAUUCACUUGAUGUUGUUUUCGUGGAUGAUCUACCAACUCAGGAGAAAGGUGAUUGUGGAGCAUUUGUGGUUGCGUUUGCCGAGCAUUUCAUGAAGGGUUUGAAGAUUCCAUCUCAGUUAGAUGCAAAGUAUAUCCGGAACCGAUAUGCUUACUUUUUAUAUGAGCAUGGUUGGAAUAAGUUGGCAAAAGGAUAUGAAAGUGAAGAUUUAUUCCCUGGAAACAUGCCUGAUGAUUCCCGGAUGAUACUUUAUAAUGAUUGGCUAAACAUGUGA